GUCAUGGACUACGAUCUCUUGUCGAGUAACGACGAAAUUGGCCACGCUAUCAUUGGUCCAUUGGGUGGCGAAGCUGGUGCGCGUCAAUGGAAGGAGGUGAUAGAACAUCCAGAAACGCCACUCGCCGUAUGGCAUCGGUUGACUCCACGAUGCUGA